CUCGGGGCAACAACCGGGCAUAAUUACUAGUGAGUACAUUACUCCGUAAAAGAAAACGUAAACGGGUAUAUCCCUUUCCUCUCCAAAAACCCAACCAAACUGGAAAAAAAAAAUAGAGAUAUUCACUAUUAUAACCCAGAAAUUUGUUGCCAUAUUCAUCAAUUUCACGAAAAUAAUUUUUAUCCAAUUUUAGCUAAACCCAUGAGGCUUAGUGAAUAUUGUUAUAUUGAUCAACUUAUUUAUAUCAAUUGCCGACAUAUCCUGAUAUUUGUCCUUAUUUAGUGAAAUUUUAUUUCUUAAUUUUAACCCAAAUAUCAUCAUCUCAAUUACACUCACAUGGGUACUAAUAUUUCUUUACUUCAUAAUUCCAUUUCCCUUUUCUUUUUCUCUCUAAUCUAAAGUCAUAAACUCCAUGAAAUUAUCUCUUGCAAACUUUUAAUCACUAUAAUUCCAAAACUAUUAAUAUUUCUUGUUUGGAUCCUUAUUUUGGUUAAUUUUUUUUUGGGUAAGAUGAGGGUAUCAAAGAGUCAGAUUUGGCAGCCUUGUAAAAAGAAGAGGUUUUUGCUCUAAAAUUUACCUCAAUUAUAAUUAUAUUAAAUGAACAAAUAAUUUAUAAUCGUAGGAGAGUGAAAGAAGAAGGUGGUGGAAAUGGCGGCGAAGGUGGCAAAGAGAUCAGGGAGCGUUGGAGGGAGUAGUAAUGGAGGAAGAACAAGAGUUGGGAAGUAUGAACUUGGAAAAACAUUAGGUGAAGGAACUUUUGCUAAGGUCAAAUUUGCUAAAAAUAUUGAAACUGGUGAAAAUGUUGCAAUCAAGAUUCUUGACAAGGAGAAGGUUCUUAAGCAUAAAAUGAUCGGUCAGAUAAAACGUGAGAUCUCGACCAUGAAGUUAAUUCGUCACCCAAAUGUUAUCCGUUUGUUUGAGGUGAUGGCUAGCAGGACAAAAAUUUACAUUGUUUUGGAAUUUAUCACUGGUGGAGAACUUUUUGACAAAAUUGCAAGCAAGGGAAGAUUGAAGGAGGAUGAAGCAAGAAAGUAUUUCCAACAGCUGAUAAAUGCUGUUGAUUAUUGCCAUAGCAGAGGCGUCUUCCACAGAGACUUGAAGCCAGAGAACCUGCUGCUAGAUACAAAGGGCGUUCUUAAAGUCUCGGAUUUUGGUUUGAGUGCUUUGGCUCAGCAAGUUCGUGAAGAUGGAUUACUUCACACGACUUGUGGUACACCAAAUUAUGUAGCUCCUGAGGUUAUCAACAACAAAGGUUACGAUGGAGCUAAGGCUGAUUUGUGGUCGUGUGGAGUCAUUCUCUUUGUUCUUAUGGCAGGUUAUUUGCCUUUUGAAGAUGCUAACCUCAUGGCAUUGUAUAAAAAGAUAUACAAAGCUGAUUUUGCCUGUCCACCAUGGUUUUCCUCGAGUGUGAAGAAAUUGAUCCAACGAAUUCUAGAUCCUAAUCCUUCAACGAGAAUUACAAUUGCUGAAGUGAUUGAACAUGAGUGGUUUAAGAAAGGUUACAAACCCCCUGUUUUCGAGGAGCCUGAUAUUUCAGUUGAUGAUAUUGAUGCUAUUUUUGACCAGUCGAUGCUCUCUGGAAACCUUGUGGUUGAGAGACGGGAAGAACGAACUGUGGUCCCUCAACCUCCUGCUGCCAUGAAUGCAUUUGAGCUCAUCUCCACAUCUCAGGGUCUAAACCUGGGCUCACUCUUUGAAAAACAGAUGGGGCUCGUGAAACGUGAAACAAGAUUUACAUCUAAAAUGCCAGCUAGUGAGAUUAUCUCAAAAAUUGAGCAGACAGCUGUUCCUUUGGGUUUUGGCGUGAAAAAGAAUAACUACAAGAUGAAACUUCAAGGAGAGAAAAGUGGACGCAAGGGUCAGCUAGCUGUUGCGACUGAGAUUUUAGAAGUGGCUCCUUCUCUAUAUAUGGUGGAACUUCGCAAGUCUCGUGGGGACACCCUGGAGUUUCACAAGUUUUACAAGAGCCUUUCUACUGGGCUGAAAGACAUUAUCUGGAAAACAGGAGAACAGAUCAAUGAGGAGGAGGAAAAAAGCUAAUUCCCGCUUCACGGCACCGACCGCCAUUCUAAAUUUCAUACUAAGUGAAAGGAUUAUGAUGUUGAUGCUGGUAUGAGCAAAUGAUCUCAUUGCUUCAUUGGCUUGUAAACAUAAGGGGGAAGGCUUUCUUGGGAUUUUUUUUUUCUUUUAUAUAUAUAUAUAUAUAUAUAUAUAUAUAUAUAUAUAUAUAUAUUUUCCGGUGUGGGUGGGCUAUAGUGAGUAAAGAUUGUUGUACAACAAUAGAAUUAUGGAACUUGAAUGUUUGAGAUUGCUAACAUUGCUUAUAGGAUCUGUAUAAUCUGCACAUUUGCACAUUCUCUCUCUGAGUUACCAUAGAAAAAUGAGACCUCACAAUCAAGUCAUUUGACAUCAUUGAGUGUA